AUGACCACCGGGCCAAACAAUAUGAAGUUGUCCGAGGUUCCAUCAAAGCGUGAUACGGAGCAAGUGAUCAUGGACGUCCAGGAUGGAGACCUGAAGCAGCAAGACGUGCGGGACCUUGAUCCUGCUUUCCAAUUCAUGAACGCAGAGGAGAUUGAAUACACCCCCGACGAGGCCAAACAUGUUUUGUCCAAGAUCGAUCGAGUUCUCAUGCCAUUGCUCUGUUGGGUUUAUUUGAUUCAGUUUGCAGACAAAACAUCAUUGAACUAUGCUUCGCUUAUGGGCAUUCGGGAAGACACUCAUUUGGAUCCCAACUCGCAACAAUAUAGCUGGGUCUCGAGUAUUUUCUAUGCUGGAUACAUCUUUUGGGAAUUUCCCACCACUUAUCUGCUUCGACGUCUGCCCCUGGGCAAAUACACCUCAGUCAACAUUCUGAUCUGGGGAAUUGCACUCGUCUGUCACGCCGUCACUCAUAACUAUGCGAGCCUACUGGCCGUCCGCUUCUUCUUAGGCGCAUUUGAAGCAACAGUGACACCGGCCUUCGUCUUAUUCACUUCUUGCUGGUAUAAACAAGAGGAACAAGCCAGACGCAUGGGUCUGUGGCUUAGUUGUAAUGGAUUGGCCCAGUUACUUAUUGGGCCCAUCGCCUACGGCCUAGCCGGUGUACAAGGUACCACUAUUGCUGUGUGGAAAAUUCUCUUUUUGGUACUGGGCCUGCCCACUAUCCUAACGGGCGUGUUAUACUUUUGGUACAUGCCCGACAACCAAGUCCAGGCCCGGUUCUUAAAUCACCGCGAGAAGCUUAUUGCCAUCGAUCGAAUUCGAGGCAACUUCCAAGGUAUCGGCAAUCAAACAUGGAAAUGGCCCCAAUUCUUCGAAGCAUUCCGGGACCCGCGCACCUAUCUUUACGUGCUAUUCUCGCUCCUGAUGAAUAUUCCCAACGGGGGAAUCACCACUUUCGGCUCUAUCAUCAUCAGCUCCUUUGGGUUUUCCAAGCGCAUGUCCCUAAUUUUGAAUAUGCCGAUGGGCAUCGUGGACAUUACUUGUAAACUGGGGCUGACCUAUCUCUCUGAUCGGUUCUUUGAUCGCACCCUCUUUGCCAUAAUCGCUAUUCUGAUUCCCAUGAUCGGCGGUAUCAUGAUGAUUGUGAUCCCCGUUGAAGCCAAAGCUGGCUUGCUCAUUGGAUACUACUUCAUCGGUGCCGCUGGAACUGCCUGGUGUCUCGUGAUGGUGAUGAUUUCCAACAACACCCUAGGAUACACCAAGAAAGCAACAGUGAAUGGCCUGCAAAUCGUGGCCUACGCAGCUGGAAACUGGAUCGGUCCUCAGACAUUCCGCUCGAACCAAGCGCCUGAAUAUUUCGACGGCAAGCUGAUGGUCGCAAUCAUGUACGCUAUGGCAGCGGUAACCUUGGUGGUAAUUCGGGUGGUCAACAUAAUCGAGAAUAGGCGACGCGACCGCAAGGCGAUCGAGGAGCCUGACACUGCACAUGCUACCCCUGGGUCUGAAUUCUUGGACUUGACAGAUUUCGAGCAGCCAGCCUUUCGCUAUGUGCUCUGA